AUGGCACCGAAGAGGCAGAACGCAGAGCUAGAGCGAUUGCGGCUGGCUUGUAACGUCGACUCCACGGAAACCAUUACCAAAGCCCAAGAGAUUCUACGGCGAAUGGACACCAAGUGCAGGCCCGGGACCCUGGGGCGGGGCGACCUCUUUCGGACUUGCAUCGCCUUCGACUUGGCCUGUCGCGCCCUCAACUGCCCCGUUCCGCAGAAGACCGCGGUAAAGCUCUGCGGCGCGCCUUCGGAAAGCGUCUACGUCGCUGCGCUCGGCACGGCACAGAGGCUGCUAGGGGUGCAGCGGCGGUACACGUGCAAGGAGAUAGCCGAAAGCGUGGGAGACAAGAGCGCGGGCAUGAAGGCCGCCGUGGAACUCAAGCGAUACAAGGAGCGGUUCCUAGCCUCGUACCCCGUGAGACAGGUCUCAGGCAUCGACCUCGACGGUACGGUGUACGCAGUGGCCGCCUUCUACCUGUGCGCCAAGAAGCUCAAGCAUCCGGUGGACAAGCAGCGCCUCUUGGACCUGUCGCUAGUAAGAGAGGACGAGUUUAUGGCCGUCUGCCGCAGCAUGCUGGACCUGUGCUACAGCACCCUCGGCGUGUCGGUGAGCGACAAGCCGACCGCCGAACGACUCUCACGAUUCCAGAAAGCGGCGGCCCUCAACAACAAAAACAACGGUAGCUCGUCAGCACCAUCAGGCGUGAAGGACGAACAACGCCCCCAAGGGUCCGCUGCCCAAGGCCCCGCUCGUUCUGCCACGCUCGCCUCCUCGGGCCCUCAGCGCCGAAACGGCGGCGGUUUCGCCGCCUCCGGGAACCGGCGGCGGAUCCCUCUGUCAGGGGGGAGGGAGCGAUUAGGGGCGCCGGGAAGCCACGUCACGGCGCUGGCGAGGAGCAUCCAGGCGGCGACGCAGCGGAAGCGGCACGGGGGCAUGACGGUCGCCCCGUUGGAACCGGGCGGAAGCAACGAGGCGAGCGACUCCCUCAACGACAGGACCCACCACCGCCCCGCCACCAAGCGUCCGCGUCCCACCGCCGAUGCCACCGAAGCCGCCGCCGCCCCCCCUGCCGAGCCCGCCGGCGGCGGACCCGAGCCACACGACAGCGCCGCCUGUUCUUCUGCCACCGUUCCCGCCAGGUGCACCGCCCCCGCCCCGCCGAGAGCCGCUGUCUGCAACCCGCACGCCACCGCUGCUACCGCAUCUCCUGCUGCCGCCGUCGCGGCCACGGGAAAGGAAGCGGGGGAAGAGGAAGGGCGGGGGGGGACGGCAGCCGGCGAGGGGGGUGUGUGGGCGGGACUGGACCCAGGGCGGGGGGCGAAGGGCCACGGGGGGAUGAGGAGUACACAGCGUGGAAGCAGAGGGUGUUGGCUUCCAUGGAGAACCGGAUGA